UUAUUCUAACGAAUCUAACCUCUCCUCUAAGUCACGUCAAAAUAUCCAUCUGUCAUAAACCCUAAGACCAUCUUCUCUCGAAACCCAAAAAACCCACUUCUCCUCUCUCACAAUCACCUUCUUCCACAAUGGGUAGCAGCCAAGCAGCGGUUUCCUUUCUUAACAACCUCGCUCGCGCAGCUUUCGGUAUCGGCGCCGCCGCUACCGUUCUCAACUCCUCUCUUUACACAGUCGAUGGAGGCCAACGCGCUGUUCUCUUUGACAGAUUCCGUGGAGUCAUUGACACUACCAUAGGCGAAGGGACUCAUUUUCUUAUCCCUUGGCUUCAAAAGCCAUUUAUCUUUGAUAUCCGAACACGCCCUCACACUUUCUCUUCUGUCUCUGGUACUAAAGAUCUCCAGAUGGUCAAUCUCACACUCCGUGUUCUCUCUCGUCCCGAGGUGUCACGUUUGCCCCAUAUCUUUCAACGUCUUGGGCUUGAGUAUGAUGAGAAGGUGCUUCCUUCGAUUGGCAAUGAGGUCUUGAAGGCUGUUGUUGCACAGUUCAAUGCUGACCAGCUCCUCACUGAACGUCCCCAUGUGUCAGCUAUGGUCCGUGACUCGCUCAUCAAGCGUGCAAGAGACUUUGACAUUGUGAUGGAUGAUGUGGCUAUUACCCACUUGUCUUAUGGAGUGGAGUUCUCAAGGGCUGUGGAGCAGAAGCAGGUUGCUCAGCAGGAGGCAGAGAGGUCCAAGUUUGUUGUCAUGAAAGCUGACCAGGAGAGAAGGGCUGCAAUUAUCAGGGCAGAAGGUGAGAGUGAUGCUGCUAAGCUGAUCUCUGAGGCAACAACAAAGGCUGGUAUGGGGUUGAUUGAAUUGAGAAGGAUUGAAGCAUCGAGGGAAAUUGCUUCAACUCUGGCCAAGUCAUCUAAUGUGGCAUACCUUCCUGGUGGUAACAACAUGCUUCUGGCCCUGAAUGCAAACCGUUGAAUAGGGGUUUGGUGUGAUGGCAUUACCUGAUUGUGAAUUGCAGGGUAGUACUUUCUUUAUUAGUAUAAAGUCCAAGCAAUUUUGCAUCUUCACAUUGUCGUUGAAUACAUCGACUUUUUGUCUUCAUAAUUCUUGAUUUCACAUCUAUUUUUUGCAGGGGUUUUGGUGUGUUGUGAUUUCAUUGCCUGAUUGUGAAUUGCAGGGUAGUAUAUCUUUUUAGUAUAAAUCUUUUGAUUUUGUAAAGACCAUAUAUCAUUUGAAUUCGUUUUAAGAUCAAAAGUUUAGAGUUCAGGAAUUCAGGAUCUUAUGCUGAAGGGAAGACUUGUGGUUUUUUUGUUAUAUUAUGGCUAUGAUCAGCUAUAGGGUAA